GGAACUCCUGGGAGGGGCGCGCAGAGCCAAGAGACAACUUUUCCACGGCCUAAGUAGAGUGGGCUGCCCUGGGCCGGGGCUGGGGGCUCCUUCCCCAGCCGGUGUCUCCUGGACUGGAUGGGACCUUCUUCGAGAAAGUCGAUUGGAUGCCGGGAGAGACAUACAGUGGGGGCUUUCUUUCUCUUUUCCCUCCUUCCCGUGGGUUAACCAAAUCAGAACUGUCACUCAGGGCCUAUGAGUCAGAGGGAUCGGAUUACACGAUCCCUGAAACGGACGCUGGAGCUGCACGAACAGGAGGGAACGGGCAGGGGCAGCUCCACGGGCGCGCUCGCACACUCGCGGUCGCGCACACUCACCUCCCUGACUCGUCCUCCCCCGGCCGCCCCCGCCGCACUUGCGGGCGGUCCGCACUCUGCUCCCAGCCUCGCCGCUCGCUGUAGCCUUAGUGGUUCGCGCCUCGCGGAGCCUGGAGCCGCCCUCCUGCGUCCCGGACGCGGGUCUAUGGGAAGUUAGGGGACUUGACAGCCGCCGCCGCCGCUGUUGCCGCAGGUGUUCCUGAUGCCAGAGAGCUGAAGUAAUGAGAAGGCAUCAUGGAGGCCCAGUCCCACAGCUCCCUGACCACUGAGAAGAAAAAAGUUGAGAAUUCUGUAGUAAAAUGCUCCACUCGAACAGAUGUCAGUGAGAAAGCCGUGGCCUCCAGCACUACUUCCAAUGAGGAUGAAAGUCCUGGACAGACCUAUCACAGAGAGAGAAGAAACGCAGUCACCAUGCAGCCACAGAGUGUCCAGGGGCUUGGCAAGAUCAGUGAGGAGCCUGCAACAUCUAGUGAUGAGAGGGGUUCGCUGAUCAAGAAGGAGAUUCAUGGGUCUCUGCCCCACCUGGCGGAGCCCUCUGUCCCGUACCGUGGGGCCGUGUUCGCCAUGGACCCCAGGAAUGGUUACAUGGAACCGCACUACCACCCUCCUCACCUGUUUCCUGCAUUCCAUCCUCCUGUGCCAAUCGAUGCAAGACAUCAUGAGGGGCGUUACCAUUAUGAUCCGUCUCCGAUUCCUCCACUGCAUGUGCCUUCUGCCUUAUCUAGUAGCCCAACAUAUUCGGACUUGCCCUUCAUUAGGAUCUCCCCACACCGGAACCCUACUGCAGCUUCGGAGUCCCCCUUCAGCCCUCCACAUCCCUACAUCAACCCUUACAUGGACUACAUCCGGUCUCUGCACAGCAGCCCGUCCCUCUCCAUGAUCUCUGCAGCCCGGGGACUGAGCCCCACAGAUGCGCCCCAUGCUGGAGUCAGCCCAGCAGAAUACUAUCAUCAGAUGGCUCUGUUAGCUGGCCAGCGCAGUCCCUACACAGACAUCAUUCCCUCAGCUGCCACCACUGGAGCAGGGGCCAUCCACAUGGAAUAUCUUCAUGCCAUGGAUAGCACCAGAUUCCCCAGCCCAAGGCUGUCAGCUAGGCCAAACCGAAAACGUACACUGUCUACAUCACCACUGUCCGAUCAUAGCUUUGACCUUCAGACCAUGAUAAGGACGUCUCCCAACUCCUUGGUCACAAUUCUCAAUAAUUCCCGCAGCAGCUCUUCAGCAAGUGGCUCCUAUGGUCACUUAUCUGCAAGUGCAAUCAGCCCUGCCUUGAGUUUCACCUACCCUUCUGCACCUGUAUCUCUCCAUGUGCACCAACAAAUCUUAAGCCGACAACAGAGUUUAGGCUCGGCCUUUGGACACAGUCCUCCGCUCAUCCAUCCUGCCCCAACAUUUCCAACACAGAGGCCUAUUCCUGGGAUCCCUACUGUUCUGAACCCUGUUCAGGUCAGCUCUGGCCCUUCUGAGCCCUCCCAGAACAAGCCCACGAGUGAGUCUGCGGUGAGUAGCACUGGCGAUCUGAUGCACAACAAGCGAUCCAAAAUCAAACCUGAUGAGGACCUCCCCAGCCCGGGGCCACGGGGUCAGCAGGAACAACCAGAAGUAACCACCCUGGUGAAGGAGGAAGGGGACAAAGAUGAAAGCAAGCAGGAGCCUGAAGUCAUCUAUGAGACAAACUGCCACUGGGAAGGCUGCACAAGGGAGUUUGACACCCAGGAGCAGCUGGUGCAUCAUAUAAAUAACGACCAUAUUCAUGGAGAGAAGAAGGAAUUUGUGUGCCGAUGGCUAGAUUGCUCAAGAGAGCAGAAACCCUUCAAAGCCCAGUAUAUGCUGGUAGUGCAUAUGAGACGACACACAGGAGAGAAACCUCACAAAUGCACUUUUGAAGGUUGCACAAAGGCCUACUCGAGAUUAGAAAAUUUGAAAACACACUUGAGAUCUCACACUGGAGAAAAACCAUAUGUUUGUGAGCAUGAAGGCUGCAACAAGGCUUUCUCAAAUGCUUCUGAUCGUGCCAAGCACCAAAACAGAACACAUUCCAAUGAGAAACCAUAUGUGUGCAAAAUCCCAGGCUGCACUAAGCGCUACACAGACCCAAGCUCCCUACGGAAACACGUGAAGACAGUGCAUGGCCCAGAGGCUCAUGUCACCAAGAAGCAGCGUGGGGACAUUCAUCCUCGGCCCCCACCACAACGAGAUUCCGGCAGCCAUUCACAGUCCAGGUCUCCUGGCAGGCAGACUCAGGGAGCCCUUGGUGAGCAGAAGGACCUCAGCAACACUACCUCAAAGCGGGAGGAAUGCCUCCAAAUGAAAACGGUCAAGGCAGAGAAACCCAUGAAGACAUCUCAGCCAAGCCCUGGUGGUCAGUCUUCAUGCAGCAGCCAACAGUCCCCCAUCAGCAACUAUUCCAACAGUGGGCUCGACCUUCCUCUGAGCGAAGGAGGUGGUGUGGGAGACCUCAGUGCCAUUGAUGAAACCCCAAUCAUGGACUCGACCAUUUCCACAGCAACCACAGCUCUUGCUCUACAAGCCAGGAGAAACCCAGCAGGGACCAAAUGGAUGGAACACGUAAAACUAGAAAGGCUCAAACAAGUGAAUGGGAUGCUUCCACGACUGAACCCUAUCCUACCCCCUAAAGCCCCUGCGGUCUCUCCUCUCAUAGGAAAUGGCACCCAGCCCAGUAUCAGCUGUAGUUUGGGCGGGCCCAUGACCCUCCUCCCAAACAGAAGUGACUCUUCCUUGGUGGAUGUCACCAUGCUAAACAUGCUCAACAGGAGGGACAGCAGCACCAGCACCAUCAGCUCUGCGUACCUGAGCAGCCGCCGCUCCUCAGGCAUCUCCCCCUGCUUCUCCAGUCGGAGGUCCAGUGAGGCAUCCCAGGCCGAGAGCCGGCCCCAGAACGUGAGUGUGGCCGACUCCUACGACCCCAUCUCCACUGAUGCCUCACGCAGGUCCAGCGAGGCCAGCCAGUGCGAUGGCCUACCCAGCCUGCUCAGCCUCACACCGGCCCAGCAGUACCGCUUGAAAGCAAAGUAUGCUGCUGCCACUGGCGGGCCACCACCCACACCACUGCCCAACAUGGAAAGGAUGAGCCUGAAGACCAGGAUGGCCCUGCUUGGGGAUGGCAGGGAGUCUGUGGGGGCCCUGCCCCCUGUCCACCCUCCCAGGAGAUGCAGUGACGGGGGAACCCACAGUUACAGCCGGCGGCCUUUGCUACCCCAGGACACACUAGGCCACAGUGUGAGAAGAGCCAGUGACCCGGUGAGGACGGUCUCGGAGAAUCUCUCCCUGCCCAGGGUACAGCGUUUCAAUAGCCUAAACAGCUUCAACCCUCCGGUUUUGCCUCCAUCGCUGGAAAAACGUAAUUUAGUGCUUCAGAAUUACACACGGCCAGAGGGUGGUCAGUCCCGCCACUUCCGCUCCUCUCCAUGUCCUCCGAGCAUUACUGAGAACAUCACCCUGGAGUCCCUGACCAUGGACACCGAUGUGAACCUGAACGAUGAGGAUUUCUUGCCUGAUGAUGUGGUACAGUAUUUAAAUUCCCAGAACCAAGCUGGGUAUGAACACUUCCAGAACAACCUCUCUGGUGACAGCAAAGUGCCCCAUGGGCCCAGCUUGGGAAAUGGGCAUGGCAACUUUGACCAGCCUGUACUGCCAGAUGGCCAUGUCAGCCAGCAGUACCGUGAGCUAGAGCAGCCUUGCUCUGAAGCCAGCAAAGCCGACCUGCCCAUCCAGUGGAAUGAGGUCAGCUCUGGCAGCGCUGACCUGUCCUCCUCGAGGCUGAAAUGUGGCCAGCGGUCCGCAGCGCAGCCAGCUCGAGCCUUUGGGUUAUAUAACAACAUGAGUGCCCACCCACAGAAUCUCUUGGGGAAUGGGGCUGGCCCACUGGGGGUCUAUCAGACCUUUGGGGAGCACGGCAGCACCUAUGGUGGACCAGAGCACUUGGUGGUCCACAGUGGUGAUACUGGCACCAACAGAAACGUCUUCCAUGAACAACCCUGUAAAGCCCAACAAUAUGGGAACUGCCUCAACAGGCAGCCUGGGGUCCCCGGCUUGCUUGAUGGUACCUGUGGUGCUGGGAUUCAAGUGGCAAAGCUGAGAAGCACCACCAUGCAAGGGAAUGGGAGCCAGCCAGAUUUUGGCCUGUUAAUGGUGCCCAGUGAGUCAGCUGGCAGCACAGUGAAUGGUAUGCCAACCAGAUACCCGGUGGGACAGGGAUACUUGUCUCAUCAGAUAUUCAGUGAUGGCAUGCACCACCAGGGGGCAGGCCGCCCCAGGCAGCAGAUGCUAGGGCAGGUUAGCGCUACCUCACAUAUCAAUGUAUAUCAAGGGCCAGAGAGCAGCCUGCCAGGUCCUCCCAGCAUCGGAGGCCAGCUGUCAAGCUUGGCAGCUGUCAGAGACUACCAGCCAUGUGCUGGCUAUGGAGGCAGCAGGCGCCAGGCUGUGCCGAGGGCCAGCCUCACUCUACAGCCAGGACAGCACAGUGACACAAGUCAGACCUGCAGGGUCAAUGGCAUCAAAUUGGAGAUACAAGGGCAGCCCCAUCAACUCUGUUCUAAUGUGCAGAGUUACUCUGGUCAGUUCUAUGACCAAAUCCUUGGCUUCAGUCACCAAGAUAUGAAAACUGCUUCAUUCCCUAUUUCAGAAGCCAACUGCCUGCUGCAGGGGGCCAGCACUGAAAACUCUGAAUUACUUUCCCCAGGUGCUAACCAGGUGACAAGCACAGUUGACAGCCUUGAUAGCCAUGACCUGGAAGGGGUGCAGAUUGAUUUUGACGCCAUCAUAGAUGACGGGGACCAUGCCAGCUUGAUGUCAGGAGCCCUGAGCCCAAGUAUCAUUCAGAACCUUUCCCAUAGCUCCUCCCGCCUUACGACACCACGAACAUCUGUCCCAUUGCCAGCACUGUCUGUGAGCACCACCAACAUGGCCAUCGGGGACAUGAGUUCUUUGUUGACCUCCCUUGCAGAAGAAAGCAAAUUCCUUGCAGUUAUGCAAUAGGCUCUAGGAAUAAAGGACUGCCAACAAACGUGAAACUUUAGGAGUUUAACAGAUUAAAUUGAGUCAGUUUUUUGCUGGUUUGUUUUUUUAGUUCUGUAUGUAUUUUUGCAAUCUCAUCUCACCUAACUGGGAUGUGUUUCAAGUAUAUUCCUUUUAUGGAAAAGGACUCUGAGAAACCCUAAAGUAUUCUAGGGAGAAACUGUCUUCCAUUUCAGUUUGCAUCAGUAUUGUUACACUCGAAAUACCCCUUUUUAAAAAAAAUGUAAGUCUGCCCCCUUUAUUAGUAAACCAGUAUAAAUGUGUGAUGUGCAUGUUCUUCUUUCUUUUUGAAGAGAGAUCAGAUGAAAGGAUGUGACAUGUUUCUCUGUUAAUAAAAGAAAUAGGAGUUGGUAUGCCUUUGACCAAGGGGUUAACUCCACCUUUUAAAUUUUUCUUUACAUAUGUUCAACGUUAGUUUUGUUUUUUGUUUUUUUAAUCCCCAUGUUGGGCACAAGAAUGGAUAGUGAGUUUAAGAAUCUUUUGUGGGUGAAUUGUCACAGAGAUCACAGAUUUUUUACAUACUCCUCACCCCUAAAGGGCAUACUCUUAACCGUGGAAAUUUGGGGCUCUUGAAAUUAGUUUGCUUACAGUUUGGGUUUAAAAUUCUCCCUGUCCAUAGUGUGCUUUGGGGGGUAUGUCUGUAUGGUCAGUUUUCAGUUAUCUACUUUGCCUCCUCUCCCUCUUUUUUCAUGAACGUUCAGUGCCGUUCAGCAUUCCAGUGAGGGGGGAAAGCCAGUUGAUGACACUCAGGCAUGUUGCUUCUUUCUUCUGUUCUGGUGAGAAGUUAGAUGGAUUGUAGAUUGAAGCUGUUGGGUAGAAUUAGUUUGGGGAAUAUUUGUGGGUUUGCUGUAUUUGUUGAUUAGUUCCAUCUCUACCAUUAUCAUAGAUAACUGAGAAUUGAUUAUAUGAUGUAGUUCUAAGUAUAUAGGUAUUUAAGCAAUCCCACAGCUGGCUGUCAUUUACAUAUAUUAAUCCCACUUAGUGAAGGACUGCUUCUAUUCUAAGUGCCCUAUUUUCAGGGAUUUAUAAAAUUUAGUUGUAUCAGGAAAAGCUCACAUACAAUGAUAAUUGGAAUAAAUUGCUUCAACUAUUUUUGUUAUUUGAGAUACUAGGUAGGAUGUUUAGUAGCUGUGUAUGGAUGCCUUUGUAUACUCUAUUAAAUGCUGCAUACACUGAAGAAGUUAAAUAUCCUAUGCAGUUAGUCCUUAACGUGGGCUUAAUCUGUCCUUUUGUUUUGGAUUAAAACAUUUAAAAAUUUAAAAAGUGCAGCUACUUCCCAUGUACAGUGGAUACACAUAAAAAACAUACUUUGUGUGCACAGAGUACAUGGAUUAUCCAGCAUUUUACAUUUAAAAAUAUGUAAACUAUUAAAAUAUUAACACCUAAGACUGUCUGCUGUAUUAUUCCCAUUGAUCCAAGAGUUGGAUUUAUCCAAAGUGGCUCAUGGAUCACUUGUUUAGCUUUUUUCCUUUAUUCCUGCCAUUUAAAUUAGCUUUAGAAAGGCAAAAUCAGGUACAAUAAAAUAUUAGAUAAUGGAAAGAAUGUUAGGACUAGCCUAUUUUUCUCAUGUUUAUGGUCUCUCAUUUGGACCAAGAAUCUCAGCAUGGAGGUAAAUAAGACAAUUGGAUUUGCCUUCAACUGGAUGUUCUUGAGAUCAGCAGAGUGAUGCUGAGAUUUAUCUUCCACAUCCUGCCAGCCUCCCACAUAGAGCACCUUCUUUUAAAUCAAAGGAUGAAUCUGCUUUGGAACAGAGCCCAGAAGCCAAAAACAGCUACUAAUCUGAGCCCAGUACAGUCGAGUCUCUACCACUUUUCAAUGGGAAAAGCAAGGCUUUUUCUGUGUUCAUCAAACAGGUCAUGAUCUGGUCACAAAAAUCAGUGAUCCAUUCCAUAUAUCUCCUUUUUCCAGGAACCUCAAAAUCCCCAGGUCCUGGUGUUAUCUUUCAUGCUGUUGUGGUUUGGCCCAAUCUCUGUCCUCCUCUGUCUACUUUCCUUAGCAGUUCCUGGGUGGGACCCACAUUUCUCAUUUCCCAUAACUUCCCAUAUCAUCUUUGCCCCACAAGGAAGGAUGGACAGCAAUUGGGAUAAACACUGUUGUCAUCUUGUGCCUCUGCUUUUUCUUCUGGUUUCAGAUGAUUCUCUGGGUUGCCCUGUUCCUUCAUUUUUUUCUUUUCAAACUUGUUUUCCUUCCUACUGUCUUCAGUGCAGUAUGUGACUCCUCUCAAUCUGGAAAUCUCAGAAGAAUGGAUCUGUUGUGACAGUCAGUGGCAGGAAGGUCUUCUGGGCCAUUUAGAAGUAUCCUGUCUGGACAUGGAUCUCUGUAGACUUGGCGUCUCCUGUAGCAGGACACACCUCCAGCCUCCAACCUUCUCUCUACUGAGUCACUGUUGUUACAUCCUACUUUAUUAUGCAGGCUCAUACAUGGUAUUUCUGUUUCACAUCUUUGUUAAACAUGUUUUUACAUGUCAAAACAUUUUUGUUUUAUUUUCUAUCUAGACUGCCCCUGCUCCUCACACAUCUGCUCAUCCUCUUGAGCCACAGCAUUUUGAUUCUUGCGAUGUAUGUGCCUUAUUUUAUGUUAAUCGUGUCAAUGCAAGAGACCCUUUUGUGUUGCCCAGUCAGAAUUCAAAGCUGCAUGCUCCCCAUCCAGCUAAGAGUACACGAUUGUAGCCGAAUCUGAGCUGUGUUGUAACCUGGUUUCCCAUGUUUUGAACCCAUAGGAGGAUGUUCCCUUCUGACAAGUUACUGUUGUGUAUCCUGCAAAAGUGUAAGAUAAAAUACAAGUUCAUUUUUUUCACAUUUUUAGAUUUUUAAAAAAUAAAAUGUGUAAUCCUUUUUUAAAAGAAAGACAUGUAAAUACAUUUAAGUAUUGUAGGCAUAGUGUCCGGAUGUGACUGGCCCCGGGCCUUCCUUGCAUCUGCCUGCCUCCAGAGCGAUGCCCUAUGCCCACCUCCAGCCCAGAGUGGGGCAGCCACAAAUGGACUCGACUUUUGCUUUCAGAACCACUUAGUCCUUUUGUAACAAAGAGAAAGAACAAUGUUUCUUAAAAUGUCAAUAAAAACUCUUUGUACUGAAAA